UACUGGGCAGGUUGGAGUCUGACGACAAGAAGUUGCUCUAAACGAACGAUUGAUGAUGUCCCGGUUGGCUCAUUGACGCAUCUCAACCUUGCCUUCGCAUAUAUUGAACCUGGAACAUUCGAGAUUGUACCUAUGCCCCGAACAUCGGACAAAGUCUUUUCACAAAUUACAAAUCUGAAGCAAAAGGCGCCAGGCCUUAAAAUCUGGAUAUCGUUGGGUGGUUGGACCUAUAGUGACAAUGACACGGACACACAGGCUGUCUGGGGAGAUCUCUCGCGGACGAACGCAAAUAGGUACAAAUUUGCUGCAAACUUACAUAAAUUCAUGAAGACAUGGGGCUUUGACGGUGUCGAUUUGGAUUGGGAGUACCCGGGUGCACCAGAUCGUGGUGGUAAGCCGGAUGAUCCAGACAAUUUUGUUUUACUUCUUGAAACACUUAACACGGUAUUCGCGGAGGCAGGAUCAGAUUUUGGCAUCUCGUUCACCGCACCAUCUUCCUAUUGGUAUUUGCGAUGGUUUAAGAUUGAUCUGCUUUGGAAAUAUGUUUCCUGGAUCAAUCUGAUGUCUUAUGAUCUACAUGGCAGCUGGGAUGCGCCCGGCACUUACAUUGGGCCAUACGUCUAUGCACAUACCAACAAAACAGAAAUCAAAGAAUCUCUUGAUUUGUUUUGGCGGAUGGGCGUUCCUGCAGAUCGGAUCAAUCUGGGUAUAGGAUUUUAUGGUCGGUCGUACACGCUUGAGGAUGCGAACUGCAAUAAGCCUGGCUGCCCGCAUUCGGCACCCGGUGUGGCUGGGCAAUGCACUGGUGAAGGUGGUAUACUUUCCUUCGCUGAGAUUGAGUCAUACAUAAAGCGAUUCAACCUUGAAAAGAUUCACGACAAGGAAGCUGGCGUGAAGUAUUUGGCGUGGGGCUCGAACAACCAGUGGGUGUCUUAUGACGACGAAGAAACACUCCAAGACAAAGUCGAUUUCGCAAAAGAGCAAGGGCUGCUUGGCCUAUUCGUCUGGUCUAUAGAUCUAGAUGACACAGAUCAUACGGCAUUAAAAGCCCUUCUGGGU